GAAGGAACGUAGUCAUCAUCUUCAGUAGAGCUACUGCUAUGAUCACUGUCCACACCAGCCAUUGCCCUCGGCCGCUCUCUAAAAGUACGAUACCAUCAAAAUGAGUGACGGGUUUCCAUCAUUCCAAAGUGUUAUCAGCUUGAAGUCAAAUCCACUUGAUGAUUGGAUAGCAAUGUGGUAUCAGAUUUUCUUGUGGUACCUCUUCUCAUCAUCACUCAUACAUGCCUUAGCUGCUAUCACUGCAUUCUGUGCGUUACGCAAACAUAAGAUUGGCCGUCUCUAUUCCCUCUGGAUCAUGCUAAUGGGUUUACUUGGACCAAUCACUGGUGGUAUUGCAAGCAGUGCAAUUAUAGCAGGACUAUUCUACACAGCCAAGAUAUCAAUGUAUCCUCUAUGGGCUCUAGUCUGUGGAACUGGUCAAACAUUUGUUGUAGCCCUUGUCUCUUUCUCAAGAAUCUUGGGUACAUUAUGAUGUAACUCUGAUCAUGUAUUACUCACUGGACAAAUACAAGGGAAUUGUAAAAGACAUAUAUGGCUUCAGAAGUUGGAUCUGGAACAGAUAUGCCAUGUCUCUUUCUCCUGCAUUUUGAAAUUUGAAUACCACAUUGUACAUUCAGAGAUAUAGGAGAAUUUAACAUGAAUAUGAGGAUUGCGAAGUGAAUGUGCAUUAUGUCUGCUGUGCAAACCCUUCACUUGAUUUAAGUGGUCUGAAUAUGCAGCCUACAAUAAUUUGUGUGUAAAGAAGGAAAUUGAAACAGCAAGUAUUAUAUGUGCUAGUCUUGUAUGAAGACCCACUUGUUCUUCAAAGUUUCAGUCAGGGACUGUGCAUGUAGACUUCUACAAGUUUGGUCAUUGUGAAGUGCCUCUGAUGGAAACUGCUCUGGAUUCAUCUGUAGAAAUCAUGAUGAAUAUGAUGUGGUCAAAACCUAAUAGUUAUUCUCUGUCAUCCUGGAUAAUUAUAAUACUGUGAAAGCAAUUACACAGAAGAAGUUAGAUAUGAUGUCAAAAGUCAUUAAAGCAACCUUAUUUUUUUCUUCUUUGUCUGGGGUACCUUUUGAUUUUAAGCUCUGUACUGGCUCUGUCAUUUGUACCAAUAUUAUUCAAAUUUAUUUUAAAUUAAUUAAUGCAAAGUCAGUAUUUAGCUGUAAAUCUUUAAAUAUAGCCACAAAACUGCUAGAUUUUGGUCUUGACACUAUUCUUAGGAUUAUUAUUAUUUGUGUGUUAAAUAGAUGGCAAUAUCAGAUUUUUUUUCUUUUACAUUAAAUUGUUUAAAUUUUGUAUGUACCGGUAUAUUUUUUAUUUUAUUUAUGUAAUUGUUUUUACUUUUUAUGGAAAUUGUCGGCAACACUAUUUCAGUCAUAAAUAGCAUGAAAUAUAUGGCUCGUAGUCAGGAAAAAAAAUAAUGCUACAUUUAUGAAUUUUGGCCACAUUGAGAAUUUGCAUUGGACUUGUACAUGAAAGUUUUUGAGCAAUAUUGGAUCUGACCAAGGGGUUCCUUGAUCUGACAUACAAAGUGUUUCAUCACUUUGGAACCACAUCCCCCCACAACGCGAAUUUGGUCUUAAAAUUUGAGACUUUAAGGGAAAAAGUCAUGACAUGUCUCAGCGCGAGUUUUUUCUUGUUACAGAUUUAUCAU